CAUGUUCGAGGAGACCUUCGAGGAGCACAGUGCACAAUGCAUCCACAAGAGAUUCACCGAAUUCAUCUAUCAGUGCAAUCAGGUGUUGCAGAUGAAGCAAGAGACCAGGAUAGCACCUCAUGAGUUCCUCAGACGAAUGGUCUUCCUGCUACAGACAAAUCAAGACAUCCUGGACAAGUUGAGUGGCGACACAGAAUCCGUCGCUUCAUCCAGCAGCAAUCAAUCACCUGAACCGGAAGAAAAUUCCGAUGCAGCUCAACUUUUGAGCAAUCUUCAGCUCAGCUUGAAAAAUCAGUCUCUCCUGCCGGCUAUUCCGAAAAGUCUAGCCCCCGUAAUUCCUGCCAAGGAUUGCCAAUUCAAGAAGGUGACGUGCCCAACAUGCAGACAGGGAUUCCUGACCAUAUCUCACCUGGAUAUUCACAGGAUUCGCUGCCACAAGUGAACAUAUCCAGGACUUUUUAAUGUUCAAAGUUCGGAAGAUGCAAAAGACAAACUAGCAAGGGCGGACGAAAGAUGAGAAGAUUCUUUUGAGAUUCACAAAGUGAUAUAAAGAUGGUGUGAAGUCGAUUUGUAUUACAAUGUUGUGGUAAAAUAAGAUUUUAGAUAAGUGAAUUUUAAAGUUUAUUUUGUUAUGAUUCUUUAAAGUAAAUAAUAGCGCCAUUUUUUCUUGUUUUUUUAAUUUAAAAUGUAAUAAUCCUGAGAUUCCUGAUGACUGACGUUACUUAAAACCACCUUUAACGUUUACUUAGAAAAUUAAGAAAAAAAACAAAGUAAAUGUUUAAGAGAACACAAUGGGUAUUUUCGAAGCUUUAUCGAAUAUCUGUAAAAAUGAUAUUAGGAUCAAAAUACUUAAAAUAAGGACGAAACUGAAUUUUUGUAUACGUUUUUUUUAUGUGAAAUAAAAUGUUUAACUGUA